CAAAUUCCCUUCCCCUUCUAGAGGGGAAAAAGAGAGAGAAUUUAAUUUAAAUUGAGGAGUAAAACUGUAUAUGUAGUGAAAACAUGAAACAGAUUGGCAGGUUGCCUACUUUUGGCUCGUUUUAGGACUUCUCACUCACGAGAGAGCCUUGCUCUCACACUAAACUUAUCUCUCUCUCUCUCUCUCCUCGUGCAAUUUUUCUGACUUUUGCCCUUUCAUCGUCUUCCUCACAUAGCAGUUCAAUCUCCAUCUCAAAACCCCUUCAACUCUUUUUCAGCUUAGCAGUCAAAGGUUUCAUUACUAAUAAAUCAUCUUCUUUUCCAGUUAUUCUUCAUCCAGGUCAGUACAAGUAACGUAGGUACUACUGUUUUUUAACCUCCUUUGAAGCCCCAUAAAUAAAUUUCAUUCAACUCCUUCAAUCCGAUAAGAAUGUGAGCAACUCAUCUUUGUCUCCCUCUAAUUAAUUACUUUCCUACAUUCGAAAUCUAAAUCAGCUUUUAUCAAGAGAUUCUUGUUUGUUAGUGAGAUUCUGUAUCCUUUUUCUGCCCGCGGACUGUGGAGAGCAACACAUUCUAGACAUGGAGGCGAUCCGGCGGCCGUUGGCGAAAUCGUCGCUGGUGGCGCUCUUCUUCGUCGUCCUCACUCUCGGCGCCUUCAUUUGCACGCGCUAUCUCGACUCCUCUGCCGCCUUGAUGGAUACAAAUUCCCCUCAAAGACCAGUGUUUACACCGGAAGUAGUCGGUUCUGGUUCGACUCAAAAUCUCCAGACUGCUCCCAAGCCCAUAAACAUCCCAUUAAACUGUUCAUUGGGUGAACGUUCUAGAACCUGCCCUGCCAAUUACUACCCGUCCCAGAUUUUAGCUGAAGCUAAACACCAUUCGUCUUCGCCACCCCCAUCUUGUCCGGAUUACUUCCGUUGGAUCUAUGAUGAUCUGUGGCCGUGGAGGGAGACAGGUAUUACUAGAGAGAUGGUGAUGAGUGCCAGUCGGACAGCAAAUUUCCGACUGGUAGUAGUAGACGGGAAAGCAUACGUGGAAAGAUACAGAAAAUCGUUUCAGAGCAGAGAUACUUUCACACUAUGGGGGAUCUUACAGUUGCUGAGGCGGUAUCCAGGCAAACUCCCUGACUUGGACCUCAUGUUCGAUUGUGUUGAUUGGCCAAUCAUCAAGAAGGACACUUUCCGCGCUCCCAAAUACCCCGCCCCUCCUCCACUGUUCCGAUACUGUGGCAAUGACUCCACACUGGACAUUGUGUUUCCAGACUGGUCCUUUUGGGGCUGGCCCGAGAUCAAUAUAAAGCCGUGGGAGGCAUUGUCUAAGGACUUGAAAGAGGGGAAUACGAGGACUCGAUGGAGAGAUAGGGAGCCAUAUGCUUACUGGAAGGGUAAUCCAGUUGUAGCUGCCACAAGGAUGGACUUACUCAAGUGUAAUGUAUCGGAGAAACAGGACUGGAAUGCUCGUGUCUACGCUCAGGACUGGGGGCAGGAACAGAAGCAGGGUUACAAACAAUCAGAUUUAGCAAGCCAAUGCAUUCACAGAUUCAAAAUCUAUAUUGAAGGAUCGGCAUGGUCUGUGAGUGAGAAGUACAUUCUGGCAUGUGAUUCUGUUACACUGCUCGUGAAGCCUAUUUACUACGACUUCUUCACGAGAAGCUUGAUGCCCUUAAAACAUUACUGGCCGGUUAAGGACGAGGACAAGUGCAGAUCCAUUAAACACGCAGUGGAGUGGGGAAAUAGCCAUCAGGAAGAGGCACAGGCCAUUGGCAAGGCUGCAAGCAGUUUCAUCCAAGACGAACUGAAGAUGGAUUUUGUUUACGACUACAUGUUCCAUCUGUUGAGCGAGUACGCUAAGCUCUUAAAAUACAAGCCCACCGUACCUGAGAAAGCCUUUGAACUUUGCUCGGAGCUGAUGGCGUGUCCUGCAAAGGGAAAUGAGAAGAAAUUCAUGACUGAUUCAGUGGUAGGUCCUGCCUUGACAGAGCCAUGCGCCAUGCCUCCGCCGUAUGACCCUGCUUCUCUUCAUUCUGUUAUUGAAACGAAAGAUGAUGGUAUGAAGCAAGUAGACACUUGGGAAAGAGAAUACUGGCAGAGUCAUAAUAAGCAAAUGUAGGUAGGUACCUAAGCAUCAUCAUCGUCAUCUUCUUCUUCUUCUUCUUUUUCUUUUUUCUUCUUUCACAGAUACAUAUAGUGAUAUAGAUAUACAAAACGAAUAUCUGAAUUGUGUUGAACUGUAUUUUUGUAACCCCCCUUGAGUUGCUUAUGUGUUUGUUUAGAGAAUAAAAGCAUUAGUCUUGGCUUGAA